UUAGUUACUGUUUCCCUUUGUUUGUAUCCUUAUGCAGAAGUGCAGAACUCCUAUUUUUAAGAGCUACACAAGCAGUGUUGUGUUAUUCAUUUAUCGUAGGCCGACUUGCAAGAUUAGGGUGUAUGCAAUUCAAAUGAUUUUAUGAGCUAUUGAAGCAGUAUUAUUCAUAGCCAGAGGAUGAUGGGAAGUGCUGAAGGAAAAACUGUAGGCUCAUCAGACUGCUGGGAAAUUGUUCACAUUCCUGAAAAGCCUCCGAUUUGUCCCGACCACCAGCCUACGGUGGAUGUACUGGCUUCCGCAAUUGAUGCUAAGCAUGCAAAUACUAUAGUCAGAAAGCUAAAUCAUAUAGCUCCCCUGGAAGGCCUCCGCCAUGUGAAGCGCAUAAAAAAGACUUUUCUUGAUGGAGGAAAGAGUCAAUUAUUUGUGAUUUUAUGCAUGGAUCAUGGAAGCAAUGCUGAGUCUAACUAUAUACCAGAGGAUGUGCUGGGGCUUAUGAAUGCGUACCAGUUGAGUACUUUCACUACAAAAGUAUGCAAAUAUGCCGCAACAACAAAAGAAGAAUGGGAAGAACAAUGCAAAUUGUGGCCAACUUCCUUCCAUCCACCUACAUUCAAUAUUGAUGGCAUAACUGGAUUCUCGGAGGCGGAUUCAUUAUCUAUUCUCAAAUUUAUGAAACAUGCAGUUAACAUGGCGAAAUCCGGCGCUUCGCUUGUCAAUGCUGCUGUUAUAGUGGAUCCUUUAUCAGGAGAAACCGUUGCUAGCUCAUGUGAUGAGGUCUUUUAUCCUGGUCCUAAAGGUAGUAGCAAGGAGUCAUGCUGUUCUAAAGAUCACGAAACAACUAUACAGGGUGGCCCUAACGAAAUGGGAAAUGAUUUAUCAUCCAAUGAAGCGAAGCAAUCAUAUAUGGAAGUCUCUUGUUUACAUCCUUGGGGAUGGCUCGAGCAGCGAUUGCAUUCGAAUUCGGAUUCUUGGCAUCCUUUACGACAUGCAGCCAUAGUGGCAAUCGAGGCUUCUGCUGCAAGAGACAGACAUCUUUUUCCUAUGAACCCACAAGGUGCAGAUUGUGUUCAAGAAGAUCAGAAAGUGCUAGCCCCAACCGGCUCUCCCUUAAAAAGACAAAAGGUAAAGAAUGAUGAAUUAUCAGAUUGCAACAUGAAUGGUUCCAGAUAUGACCCAACAAGGCCUUAUCUGUGUACUGGCUACGACAUCUACUUUGUGUGGGAGCCGUGUGCUAUGUGCUCAAUGGCGAUUGUGCAUCAGAGAAUCAGGCGAGUGUUCUAUGCUUUCCCAAACCCAAACGACGGCGCUUUGGGAAGUGUCCACAGAUUGCAAGGAGAGAGGAGCUUGAAUCAUCACUAUGCUGUUUUUAGAGUCAUGCUGCCUAAAGAGAUCCUUGAUUGAUGCAAGAUUUGCCUUGUAUUAGUAUUAAUUAGUAGUACUACCU